AAGUACACAUUUGUGGCUCCUAUUGAGUUGUUGUAGCUGCGGAUAAAUCGACCCAAAUGGUUCUUUAAGUGUUGAUGGUUGCAGACUUCUGGUUCAAAUUAAUACAAAUACAUUUUUAUCAGUAGAUAUUAUGUACUUUUUAAUAGCAACAAGUGCUAAUAUGUACUUUUUAGUAGAAAAGGUAACAAUUAAAGUUUUUUUUUGCUUUCUACUUUUGUUUUUUAAAGGAACCAAUUGUUCCUUAUUGAGGCUAUCGUGUUAAAAGGUGAUUAACAUUUUUAGGUAUUUUUUUGUUUGUGACUAAAAACUGAGUGAAUUUAAGUUUAAAGCAAAAAUCUCAAGCAGAGAUAGAGACUCAUGAGCCAGGGGGCAGAUAUAGAUUACCUGGAUUAUAGAUAUAAUUAUCUAUAUAGAUUAUAGAUUUUGUGUUGUGGUCAUGUGACAUGUCAGUACAGUCUCUCUUUUGUCCUGUGUACAUGUCAGUAUGCGUUGCGCCCAUGUGUGUGUGUGAAAGUGCUGAUGGGACUCCCCAAAAUCCCCUUUUUUUUCUCAGCUGCAGUGGAAACUCAAAGCUACAGGAGAACUCUCCAGCGCUUCGGCUUUGUUGCACGGCGGCUCUUUGUCCCUGGAGGUGUGCUGUUGUGUUGGUACUGUACCUGUUGAUGUACAUCAGCCUGUGCUCCCCACCUGGUAUAAAUAGCAUGAGAUGUGUACCCACUGGUGAUUCUGUGAAGAAAAAAAAAGCAUGGCUGUACCGGGCCCUCCUCUGUCUUGGCUUCUGCCUCUGUUGCUGCUGUCGAGUGAGGCUUCCUGGCCUGCAGCUGCAUUCACUCUCAAUGCGGGACAGGAGGCAGAGCACAAAAUCCUCCACCUGGAUUGGCCUCAGGACUGCGGUAUGGCUCACUUUAAACCCAACAUGGCCGAGAGGAUUGUGUCUGGGAAUGAAGCCCGCCCUCACUCCUGGCCCUGGCAGGUCUCUUUGCAAGUUCGUCCCAGAGGGAGCAAGCAUUACGUCCAUGUCUGUGGAGGAACUCUCAUCCAUAAAAACUGGGUCCUCACAGCAGCUCACUGCUUCCAGAAGGGGAAAGCUGAGGAUGCUGGGAGCUGGAGGAUUGUGCUGGGGAAGCACAAGCUGAAGCGCUCUGAGACCGCAGAGAGGAUCUUCCCCGUCAGAAGGAUCUAUCGGCACGAAAGCUUCCGCUACCCCACCCACAGUGAGCUGGACUACGACAUCGCCCUGGUGAAGGCCGGCACAGACAUCCUCCCGUCAAACUUCAUCCGCUACGCCUGCCUGCCGCGCAAGCAGACCGGCCUCAGACCAGGACACUACUGCUGGGUCACAGGCUGGGGAGACACCCGCGGUGGGAAGGACAACGUCUCUCUGGCAGAAGCGUUGAAUCAAGCCCGUCUGCCCAUCAUUGACUUCAAAACCUGCCGGCAGAAGAAAUUCUGGGGUGAUCGAGUCAGAGACUCCAUGAUCUGCGCCGGAUUCAGAGACACAGAGGGCCCACCUGCUGCCUGCCAGGGCGACUCUGGGGGGCCUCUGCUGUGCCAGCUGGACCGGGACCGCUGGGAGGUGCACGGAGUGGUGAGCUUCGGCCCCAUCGGCUGCACCGUGGAGAACAAACCCAGCGUGUUCACCCGCACUGCCACCUACAUCCCGUGGAUUGAGGCGACUCGCAUCAGGGACUUCUUCCUGCACUGAGGGAACUCAGCAAACCAAAGCUCCUCUGCAGACACUUCCUGAUGGAAAUGCAGCUUCUCAAACCCUGAUUGUUUAGGACAGACACUGCCUUGCAUUGUGAUUAUCUUUCAGCUUUAAAAGUGAUUAAAAAACUAAACAAAUUCUCAA